UUGGGGUUAAGCAGGUUUUGUUGUGCUUUACUGGUGUGUGUCGGUUUGUAGGGGAACCCCAACAGUUCCCAGGAUGGCCUUGAGUCUUUAAUGCCUGCUGGCAGGUGAAUGCCAUCAAUAGCGAGCACCAAAAGAAUGUGCCGAACGAUGUGUACCGCUUGGGCCAGGUGCUGAAUAGUCGUGCGAACCCGCAGCACCCGUACCACCGCUUCGGGACUGGCAAUGUGAAGACUCUCCUGGAGGAUACGGCCGCCAAAGGCAUCAACUUGAGGGCCCAGCUCUUGGCAUACUACCAACGCUUCUACCGUGCACCACUCAUGACGCUGUGCCUCAUUGGCAAAGAGCCCCUGAGUGAACUACAAGGCUAUGCGGAGCGGUUCUUUGGGAAGAUCCCGGGCGAUGGAGGUGAGGAGCCGGAAGCGGCCUAUGGAGACCGUCCCCUCUUCUUGCCCUCGGCCUUCACCCAAGGCGUGGAAGCGGUGCCCGUGGCGGACGUGCGGUCGCUUCAGGUGGUCUUCCCGGUCGACUUCGCGCCCCAUGGCCACGUGGUGCAGCUGGAGGAGGCACCACCAGGACCAGAGGCCGCGACGGGUGACGCACGCAUGCGUUUGGAUCACUGGCGUUGGUACAAUCCCAGCUCGCAUGUGGGCGCCCUCUUGGGUCACGAGGGGCCCAAGAGUUUGACGUCGCUCCUCCGGAAGCGAGGGUGGAUCACAGAGCUGGAGGUGGGUGGCGCCGACAACACCACCACCUUUGCAAUGCUGGUGGUGUCCAUGGAGCUCACGGACGAAGGCUUUCGGCAGAAGGACGAGAUUCUGAAGAUCCUCUUUGGCUACCUGAACUUCGUGAGACAGUUGACGGAGUUUCCCAAGGAGUUGGUGUCGGAGAACCUGCGGAUCUCGGACUGUGCGUGGAUCACACGGGAGGAGCCAGGUCCACAAGAUGCAGCAGUGCUCUUCGCAGGCUCCAUGCAGGACUGGGCCGUCCCGAAGUACUACCUCUCCGGGAAUGCGCGGCUUCGUGAUGGGCCUGGUCUACAAGACACCGUUGCGAAGCUCUUGCAAUUGCUGCGGCCUUCCAACGCACUGGUCACCGUGGUCUCAAGAAGUUGCGCUGGAACUCUGACGGAACCCUGGUAUGGCACGCGCUACAGCCUCAAGGACUUGACCCGCCUCCAAAAGGAGUGGCAGAACGCCUCGCUGGCGCCGGGACUAGGCCUUCCGGAUCCGAACCCCUUCUUGCCAAGGAGCUUGGAGUUGAAGGCGCCGCGGCGCGGCCUGCCGACGGAGCUGCGGGCCGCGUUCGCGGCACCGGCGAAGAGGAGCGAGGACGCCUGGGAGGCCUACUUCCGGCAGGACACCGAGUACGGUGUCCCCAAGGCCUUUGUCUUUGUAGAGCUGCCCACCUCCGUGCCGCGAGGCGACCCCAAGCGCACGGUGGCCGCUCGGCUGUACGAAGCCAUCAUCCAGGAUGCCUUGCAGGAGUCUUUGCUCUACAACGCGCAAGUGGCAGGCCUUUCCUUCAGCUUGAGUACCUCCACACGUGGCGUCCAGUUGUUCUUCGGCGGCUUCGACGACCGCCUCGAGGACUUCGCCGCCGCGGCGCUGCGCGCGGCGCUGGGCGUGGAGGCGGCGCAGCAGCGGCGGAGCUUUGAGGCGCAGCUUGACCGGCUGCGACGGGACUUGGAGUCCUUUGCCAGCCAACCACCGAUCAGUCAAGCAGCCUACUGGUCAGGUCUUGCCCUGAUACGGCCUGAGUUCUCUUUGCAGGAGCUUCUCGAGGCCACGAAGCGCCUCAGGUUGGAGGACGUCAGUUCCUUUGCCGUGGAACUUUGGGACUCCUGUCGCCGCAGCAGCAGAAACGCGCCAAGUGCCUCACUCUGCUGGGGCAACCUGCGGGAGGACGAGGGUGAGAGCUUGGUGAGGCGGAUCCGGGACAUCUUGGGCGUGCGCCUGCGAGAGGAGGUGAAGGAAGCGCCAGCACCGCGCAUUGCACAAGUGCCCGUGAGGCCACAAGGGCCAGGCGUGGUGCUGGUGCACGAGGUUAUGGACGGCACGGAGGAGAAUGCCGCCGUGGAGGUGAUCUUCCAAGGAGGCACCACGCGAGGUGGAGCGCCAGAAGCCUUGGAGCGCUUGGCUGAGAUGCAGGUGCUGUCCUCGGUGAUGAGCGAUGCGUUCUAUGAGCAGCUUCGCACGCGUGAGCAGCUGGGCUACAUCGUCUCCUGCCGUGCCGACCGCAACGAGGGCGUCUUCAGCCGCUUUUCGUGCGAAUGGAACAAGGUGCUGAAGCGGAUCGAUGCCUUUCUGGACUCGGUGCCCGACACGCUGAAGGCCAAGAGCGACGCUGAGAUCCAGAGCUUGGCGGACUCUCUGGCGCAGGCGGUGUCCAACCCGACCGGACCGGACGACGGACGACGGUGCGAUCCGUCCCAUGUCGAGACCGUGGAACUGGGAGACCGAGACUGGGACCCGUCCGAGAUGUUCACAACCAACGACCGGAAAGGCACCGAGCUGGCGCGCUUGGCGCGGCCACAGCAGUUGCUGAGCGCCGUGGAACGGUCAUGGGGAGAGAUCCGGAGCCAAGAGUUCCUGUGGUCGCGGCCCUUGGACGAGGCCUUGGCGUUGCGGAAGGUGCGCAAGGCGCAGGUGAUCGAGGCCUUUAACCGCUGGGUGCGCCCGGGCGGCGCCGAGCGCCGCCGGCUCUGCUCGCUGGUGCUGCGCGGCGCUGAGGCGGCUGCGCGGCAGCUGGAGGGCGAGGGAGCCGAGGUAACGAAGCUCAAAGAGGGGAAGCGUGCCAACCGUGGACCGGCAGCGGAGGUUUUGGAGCAGAUGUUGCAGUGGCAGCCGGGCAAAGUUGGUACCAUGGACUCACUCGGGCAGAGGCCUGAGGCAAUGGAGGAACCGCUGGCCGCCGUGGCGGAAGAGAUUGGGCGAGCUUUGGCCGUAGUCGAGGAGACUAUGGACCAGGUCGGCGUCUGGGUCGAGCAAGAUGCGCGAGAUCGUGUGGCAGCAGAGGCAGCGGUGCUCCCGGCCGCCCCCCCUUCGCCAACUUUGUUGGACGCAGCUUUGAGCGCCUCCGGUGAGAUCGCCGAUUUCUUCCAACGCUUGACGGCAGUCCUGGCACCGUCUAUCUCUGCAAACCGGAAAAUGUUGGCCACCGCUUUGAAAGCCGUGCACUCUUUGCCCAGUGUCCUGCAGAACGUCGUUCAGCAGCGCUCUGCAAGAGGAGCCAACUGGAAUGAUUUAACCCGACCGGAGAACGUGGAGUGGGCCGUGCACGAUGGAACAGAUGCAGAACCAAGGUAUCAGCUGGCCAUGUGCAAAGAUCGUUCCUUUGAGUACGUUGACAAGGCGUCUCUGUACAGCACCAUUUUGGUGCGCCUGGUGGUGGAUGGGGUUGAAGAGACUGCAAAUGGGCUGAACGCAGUGGAUCGCCAAGCCGUGCUCGAGGCCAUCUGCGUGCAUUUCAAUGAGGCAGCCAGGCAGCAAGGUCAGCCGUCGAGGCUUUUGAUCGCGCAGGGUGGCGCCCGAGCCAUCAAAUUCGACCUUGAUCCUACCGACAUCGACCGCCAGUACGGCGGCUGGGCCAAAAGAGUGACCAAGCGGCAGGCGGAGACUCAUGUGGCAGUCGGUCGCCCUGGCAGGGUGCUGCAGAGGUUGGACUGA